AUGGCGGACGACGAGCGCACGGCCAAGCGCAAGCGCUCCGUGUCGCCUAGUGAGCCUGCGCGCAACGCGAUGGAGAAGCUCGCUGAGACGCGUGCGGGCGGCACAUACGUGCCGCCGGCGCGACUUCGUGCGCUCAUGGACGACGCGGCGCGUGCUGAUCCCAGCAGCGCGACGUUCCAGCGGAUGAACUGGGAGGCCCUGCGCAAGAGCAUCACGGGUCUGGUGAACAAGGUCGCGGCCGACAACAUCAAGCAUAUUGUGCUGGACCUGUUUGCUGGCGCGAAUCUCAUACGUGGACGCGGCCUGUUUUGCCGCUCGAUUAUGCAUGCUCAGGAGCUGUCCCUGCAUUUCACGCCCGUCUUUGCGGCGCUGGCAGCCAUCAUUAAUACCAAGCUGCCGUUCGUGGGUGAGCUGCUUGUGCACCGCCUCGUGUCCCAGUUCCGACGCUCAUUUCGGCGGAACGAUAAGCCCAAGUGCCAUGCGACGCUUCAAUUUCUUGCGCAUCUCGUGAAUCAGCGGGUUGUGCACGAGCUUUUGGCGCUCGAGAUCUUGGUGCUGCUGCUGGAGCACCCUACGGAUGACAGUGUCGAGCUGGCUGUGGCGUUUACGCGCGAAGUGGGCGCGUUUCUUACGGAAGAGGCACCGAAAGCUUCUCAUACCGUCUUUGACCGCUUUCGUGCCGUGCUGUAUGAAGGCUCGAUCAGUGUGCGUGUGCAAUACAUGAUCGAGGUCUUGGCGCAGACGCGCAAAGACCAGUUCCGCGAUCACCCACGGAUACCCGAGCAGCUCGACCUCGUAGAGGAAGAGGACCAAAUCACGCACCAAGUUGGCUUGGACGAUGAGCUCCAACUGCACGAGGGUCUGAAUGUAUUCAAAGUGGAUCCUGACUUUGUGGCGAAUGAAGACAUGUACCGCCGCAUGAAGGCGGAGAUCCUCGGUGAGAAUGAGGAGGACGAAGAAGAGGAAGAAGAAGAGGAGGAGGACGACGACGACGAAGACGACCCUGUCGCCAUCCAGGACCGCACGGAAACGAAUCUCGUAAACUUGCGGCGCACGAUUUACCUCGUCAUCAUGUCGUCGCUCGACUAUGAAGAAUGUGUUCACAAGCUGCUUAAGCUGCGUGUGCCUGAGGACCAGGAAAUGGAGCUGUGCCAGAUGGUGAUUGAGUGCUGCUCCCAGGAGCGCACGUACGCCAAGUUUUACGGGCACAUUGGCGAGCGACUGUGCAAGGUGCACCGCCGAUGGAGCGCGCUGUACGAGCAGAGCUUCCACACCUACUAUGACACGAUCCACCGGUAUGAAACGAAUCGCCUGCGCAAUAUCGCUCGCUUCUUUGGCGCCUUGCUAGCGACUGACAGCAUUAGCUGGGCCUGCUUCGAGGUCGUGCAUAUGACCGAGGAUGAUACGACGUCGUCGUCGCGCAUCUUUAUCAAGAUCCUCAUGAACGAGAUGCAGUCGCUCCUCGGACUCCGCGCAUUGGCGGCGCGUUUCAAGGAGCCAAGCAUGCAGGUCUACUUCCAGUCCAUGUUCCCGAUGGACCAUCCGAGCGACACGCGCUUCUCGAUCAACUUUUUCACCAGUAUUGGCCUCGGCCUCGUCACCGAGCCGAUGCGCGACUACCUCACGGUGGCGACGCAGCGCAUGCUCGAGCGCCGCGAGGCCGAGUGGGCAGCGGGCGAUCGGUCACCGAGUCCCUCGGGCAGCUCGUAUACCGGCAGCUCGUACACCGGCAGUUCGUACACCGGCAGCUCCUACUCUCGGAGUCCGUCGCCGCCUGGGCCGCCGCCGGUCCCACCUCCACAACGUUCAUAG